CCAAAAUAACCUUCAUUUUUAUCGUUCCGGUCAAAUAUUGCAGCACAAAUAUUAUUAACAUCUUUAAUAUGUGAAUGCUGGGAAAUGACCAUGGCAUAAACGGGAUAAUCAACGGCUAGCUGUGCAUUAAACGAUGCACUUCGCGGAGGCAACUGUACAUUUCUGCCAUAUGGACAUCAACUUGACAUAUUCACCACUGAGUCAAGUUUCUGUAAAGCUGCUUUGCAACGAUUUGUAUCGCGAAAAGCGCUACACAACUAAGCUCGGAUUGAAUUGAAUUGAAUUUUCCUUCCACUGGUCUCGUGUUUGUAAGAUGCAGCACCCCCCGUUGGCCGCUAUUUUUCUUAGAUACUGUUGCUAACAACAGUCAACCCUGUCAAACGGAGGCAGACGACUAAACUCACCUGAAGAGUUAUAAAGGCCUCUGGGUUUUGAUGAAUCGUUCGGGACUCGCACCACAGAAGACAGUCGCUUACUGGGCAGAUCAAAUCAUUUUACAACCAGUGAAUCAAACGUUUCAUUGUUGCAUUGAUUAUGUCUGGCGGAGGGUCCCCGACCAAAGUUGGCUUUGACAGCAGUGUCCGUGAAAGUGAUGAAACAGAUCUACAAAAAGUACACCGACUGCGGUUGGAGUUACGCCGACUGGAAAGGAAUCGCGAGCUCUACUUGCAGGAAGAGGAAACAUCACGCAAACAGCGGCAAGAGAUUGCUGAGCUGCGUGCAGAACAAGAGAGGUUGCUGCGCACGCACAGAGAGAGUGAAAGUCCAGCUGUUAAGACUGUCAGUGCUCUGCUGAAGCAUCGAGACAAGCUGGAUGAAGAAAUUGAGAAAGAGAAACAGACCCAAGCAGAGCUGCAAAAAGAGAUCAUGAUUAUGGAGAAAAAACUGGUGGAAAUGAGAAGAGGACAGGCUUCCCAUAGCCACAAGUCUCAUCCCCGCGACAUUCAGAAGGCCAUACGCACCACACAGAGCAAACUGGAUCGGUCUCGUGCUCACUUUGGUGAACAGAUGAAGAUAAACAGCCUGCUCAGAAAAGAUAUUGAGCUACUACACAUGCAGCGUACCCGAUUCCAGCAGCUGUAUCGCAAACUGGAGAAGGUACUACAAGACAUUCGUAAGGAUAUUGCUGAAGUUGUCGACAAAUCAGCCACAGCUUAUGAUGCAAAAGUGGAUGCUCAGACCAAAACAUCCAUGAUAAAGGAGAAGGCGGUGAAGGAUCUUGCACAGUACUCAGCUGAGAUGCAGGAACUGGAGAGGGUCAUCGCUCAUGAACACCAACUCAAAGAGUUCAUGAGCACCAAGAAUAACCAGAGAGCCUCCAUGGAUUACGGGAAAAGAACCAGACGCAGACAGGAGAUGAAGGAGCAGAGGAAGGCAGACGGUGGAGAGGAGACACCUGACUCUCUGAAAAAGGCUUUCCAGCAGAUUCAGGAACUGACUGGAGAAGAUAAUUUGGGGAAGCUGGUUACAAAAUUCAUUCAAGGUGAAGAAAGGAACUUUGCUCUUUUUAACUACGUAAAUGAACAGAAUGCAGAAGCUGAGAGACUGAAAGAGGAAAUCCAACAGAUUAGAAACGAUACAGAGCAGUUGAACAUAAAAAGUCGUCAGCAGGAACAGGAAAGUCAGGUGGCUUUAAAACAGCUGAAGAAUCAACUGCAAGAGUGUAAGGCACAGACUCAACAGUAUGAAGCCCAGGCUGAUCACAUCAGCAGGGUCCUUGAUCAGGUCAAAACAGGGUUAGACAAUAUGUUCAAAACGAUUGACUGCAAACUAGGGCAGAUGGGAGGCAUGCUGGGCUCUUCCUCUGGGAUCACAGACAGUAAUCUGAUGACAUACCUCGGCAUGGUGGAGCAGAAGGCCAGUGAACUGCUCACCAUUCAAGCCUUCAUUAAAUCAAAGGACCCGGAGAACAGUUCUGACCUGGAAGCGGUUGCUCCGUUCCUGCUGGGUCACAAACCAGACGUUCAGACACAUGAAGCGAUUGCUCAGCCACCCAUUACCAGGCAUGAUUAUGAGGCAGAGGAUUCUUCUCUAAUAGAUGAGGCGGAUCGACCUUUGACCCGCGAAGAAAUCCGUCAGCACAUUAUGAGGAAGAGUGAUCAGGAUAAAGAUGAGUCUCCGCAUACAGGAGGCAGCAAAGAAGUGAAAACCCCUAAGAGCAGCACUAUGUCCAGCACCUCACUGGAGGCUUAAGAUGCAAUCUGGUCUUCUGGUUAUUUUAUUCUAUGCUCAGUCUCUACAAAAUAUUGUUUAUAGUAAUGAAUUGAUGGGGGAUAAAAAGGAAUCUUCAUGCUUGAAGGAUUUGUGUCUCUUUGAAAUGAAUAACAUAAAAUAAACUAUAUUCUUAACUCAA